UAAGCAAUUUAAACCUGAUAGGAGAUCAUCUGCUAUCUCAGCACUGCGAAUCUUUGUUAACUCAAGAUCGACCAAUAUCAUUAGAACUACCUCAACCAUCCGACAUCCAGACCAGGAUGGUUUUUUGUCGAAUGAUCAUUUCGUUGGUCGUCUGAGCGAUGCUUUUUGAUUCGAGGUUUCAUUUCUGUGCGAGUCGGAUAGGUAGUCACGAUUUUUCUCAUGCAUUUUUAUUGCUGUCAUUUUUUAGGCAGUUCUUUUUUUCUUACGCAUGGAAGUCCCUGAAACAGUGCCUGAAGUACCAAUGAGUAAGCCUUAACGAUCAAACAUUUGUAAUAUGAACUUAUUGCCAAGUGGGAUAUGUUUUUCUAUGUGUGUGACAAUCUUCUGGUUUGCAUCAGAGGUAGACGCUUCUUGGUGGCACAUGGGUACCCUCGGGUCGCAAGUGAUGUGUGACAACAUCCCGGGACUAGUUAGUAAGCAACGCCAGUUGUGUCGCCAGCAUCCAAAAAUAAUGCAAGCAAUUGGGGCCGGAGUGAAAGAGUGGAUAGGAGAAUGCCAGCAUCAGUUCCAGAACCACCGUUGGAAUUGCAACACCCUGGCACGGGAUCAUAAUGUUUUCGGGAGACUUCUGCACCGUAGCAGUCGAGAGGCGGCCUUUGUGUACGCUAUCUCGUCAGCCGGCGUCGUCUACACUCUGACCCAUGCCUGUAGCCAGGGGGAGCUGGACUCGUGCUCCUGCGACCCAGGGAGAAAGGGCUCCUCCUGGGACGCCAAGGGGACCUUCGACUGGGGCGGCUGCAGCGAUCACGUGGACUACGCCAUCAACUUCACCCAGGCCUUCGUAGAUGCCAAGGACAAGAAGGAACGAGAUGCCCGGGCCCUUAUGAAUCUCCAUAACAACAGAGCAGGACGGAAGGCGGUCAAGCGCUUCAUGAAGCUGGAGUGCAAGUGCCACGGCGUGAGCGGCUCCUGCAGCGUGCGCACCUGCUGGCUGGCCAUGGCCGACUUCAGGCGGACCGGCGACUACCUGCGCAAGAAGUACAACAGCGCCGCCCAGGUGGUCAUGAACCAGUACGGCACGGGCUUCACCCAGGCGCUACGCAAGUUCAAGAAGCCCACCAAGAACGACCUGGUGUACUUUGAGGACUCUCCGGACUACUGCAUACGGGACCAAGACUCUGGCUCGGCGGGGACCGGCGGCCGCGUCUGCAACCGGACGUCUCGCGGCGCCGACAGCUGCGAGGUGAUGUGCUGCGGCCGCGGCUACGACACGUCGCGCGUCAGCCGCACCACCAAGUGCGAGUGCAAGUUCCACUGGUGCUGCGCCGUGCACUGCCGCGACUGUCACGAGGAGGUGGACGUUCACACGUGCAAAGGCCUGUCGUGACCGCCCCGCACUUCUGUCCCUCCUCCUGCAACACCCCCCCCCCCAAACCCCCCCAACUCUACCCACCACUGAUCCAAGGCCAGUGGGUUGCCACAUUCACCAACCAACCAACAGAUGUGAUCCCUGCGGUCAGCCAGUGGAGGGGAAGGGAGGGCUCACACAGACGGCUUCUGAAUACGGCUCUACUCAUGCCAACCUGCUGAAUAUCACAAUAGAUGGCUACAGACGGAUUGAUAUAGCUUUAGGCAGACACACAUUGGGCAUCUUAAGCUUUGCAUAAAAAUGUAUCAGUCUUUGUGCAUAAAUAUACCUAUGUUUCUUACCGUAACUGUUAAAAAAAUGUUCCCCCAGCAAGUUGAACAUAUUUAUUAAAUCCUCAAGUACCAAAAAUGUUUCUUAAACAAAUCUUAAA